AUGGAGACGUGUGGGGCAACCGGAACGUCUGAUGCCCAGAGACGCGGCGCGGAGCAGCGAAGGCCCCUGGAUGCGAGUAGAGCGCACGCUCUCGCGAAAACGCACCAUAAGCUGCACAAUGCCCCAGGCGCUCCCGCUCACACCGCUUGUCUAAUGGGGAUCCCCUCCGACAAACUCUCCCCUCGUCGUGUGGAGGAGGGCCCAGACGGAGGUGUGGACGGCUUCGGGGCUCUCCUCAGCGCAGUAAAGAGAGCGUCCAUCGAACGCUCUCAGGAGCUGGAGAGCACCCUAGACACGACCAACGUACGGGCGGCGAUCGGGCCGGGCAGCGACUCGGAUCCCAGGACUUGCGUCCGCCGCGGCAGGAGGGUGCGCGUUGGCAACGGCGCAACCAGCGGGGCGGUGGGAGCGGCAGGCAGAACCGACUACGGGGCGGGGGGUGCAGCAGACGCUGGCGCGACGGGAAUGGCAGCCGGCGCCGCUGCUGCAUGUGGGCGGGGUGCAGCUAGACGCUUUGCUCGUGUCCCGGCCACCUGGCCGGGAUUGCGAAACGUUGUGCUAAUGGCUAAGGUCGACGCUAUCGUGGCUGAACUGAAGGACUUGCGUGCCGGUCUCGACGAGUUCUUGGUGAUGCUCCCAUAUUUCAACGGCUUUGAGAACGCGGCAACAUCGGACGGCGUCGACGCCGAUGACGAGGAUUGGAAUGUGGUGGCCGAUGACGCCGAUGACGAGGAUCGAAAUGUGGUGGCCGAUGACGCCGAUGACGAGGGUCAGAAUGUGGUGGCCGUGGUGGCCGAUGACGAGGAUCGGAAUGUGGUGGCCGAUGACGAGGAUCGGAAUGUGCUGGCCGAUGACGAGGAUCGGAAUGUGGUGGCCAAUGACGCCGUUUUUAUCCCUUGGGGUUCGGGAGGAGGGGGAGUGCAGCAUCGGGACUGGGGAGUGCAGCAGCGAGCAGAAGGAGGGGGAGUGCAGCAUCGGGACUGGGGAGUGCAUCAACGAGCAGAAGGAGGGGGAGUGCAGCAGCGAGCAGGAGAGGGAGUGCAGCAGCGGGCAGAAGAAGGGGGGGUGCAGCAGCGAGCAGAAGGAGGGGGAGUGAAGCGGCGAGCAGAAGGAAGGGGGGUGCAGCGGCGAGCAGAAGGAGGGGGAGUGCAGCGGCGAGCAGGAGGAGGGGGGGUGCAGCAGCGAGCCGGCUCUGGAGAGUUGCAGGAAGCCGGCUCUGGAGAGGUGCGGAAUGCCGAAGGUGCGGUUUGGAGUUGCCGGUGA